AUGGCUUCUCAGGUUUCGGGAGUAACUGACUUAAAUGCUACAUUUGUGAGACCACUUGGUUUUUAUAUUAAAGGAUUCAAUUCAUUGCAAAAUACUCAUUAUUAUUUUAUAUUUUUGCUUUUUGUGUAUAUUGCGACUGUCUUUUCAAACAUCAUUCUUAUGUCAAUUAUUUUGUUUGUAGAUAAUCUUCACACACCAAAGUAUAUCGCUAUAUUUACUUUGUCAGUUGUAGACAUAAGUUGCAGCACAGCAAUAAUUCCUAAAUGUGUUGAUGCAUUUCUUAUGAAUUCAAAAUUUAUUUCCUAUGAAUCCUGUUUAGCGCAGAUGUUUUUUGUACACUAUUUCUCUGCAAUGGAAUCAUUUACUCUUGCCGUUCUUGCAUAUGACCGCUUCAUUUCCAUAUGUUUUCCAUUACACUGUCAUACAAUCAACACAAACACUAGGAUGAUAAUAAUUAUAGUAAUUUCUUGGGCAAUUCCUCUUGUGUUUACAGUGUUUGGAGUUAAUUUAAUCACACGUUUGUCAUUCUGCAAAUCCACAGUUAUAAAUAGUUAUUUUUGUGAUUAUAGGCCAGUGUAUAUAUUGGCAUGCAAUGAUAUUUCUGCCAAUAUUAAUAUAUCUACGAGUUUUAGUUUUGGGUUUAUUUUUAUACCUUUGAUUAUUAUCAUACUUUCGUAUGCAUGUAUUAUAGUUGCUGUGAUGAAGAUUGCAUCUGCUGAGGGAAAAUGGAAAACGUUUAAAACCUGCACUGCUCACUUAAUCUUAGUGGCAAUAUUUUACUUACCUCUGCUUGGGACCUACCUUACUGUAAUGUCAACUCAGUUUAUUGACACAGAUGUCCGAAUAAUUAACACAACUUUAUCGGCAACUCUUCCUCCUCUUCUAAAUCCUAUUGUAUACACUCUAAAAACCGAAGAAAUAAUGGAGCAAAUCAAAAAGCAGUUUAGAAGGAGAAAAACAAAAUCAUUAAUACAUUAG